UAUUGCAAAAUAACCAGGAAAACAUCUGUGUUCUGGCACGCUGGCUGGAAAUAUAAUUCACAAGUAUGGAAGUGAAACUGAUGUGCAUGGGGCACAAACCAGUGGGAAGUAAUUGGACAGUGUUGAGAAGGAAUAUGAUAUAUUUUCUGCUGAGGGAAAGGCAGAAAUGCAUACAAAAAACAAAAGAUAAAAGAAAUAUCAUCAGUAGCAGCUUUUCUGAUUCACUGACAGUCCCAAGGGAAACAGUAUCUGCUUUGUUCGGAUCUUCAGAAUGAUGAAACGGAGUGUUUUCAUUUUGCUGCUCCUCCUGAGGACGACUUUGGCUUCUACUUAUCAAAAUCUGGCUACACGUGGUAAAGCAACUCAGUCAACCUGUUACCCGCAUGCUAGGGCAUCUGCCCUUAAUGCAAUUGAUGGAAACCGCAAUUCUGACUUUAUGGCGGGGUCGUGCACACACACUAAUGAACAGACAAAUCCCUGGUGGAAAGUGGACCUGCUUCAGUCCUACGUCAUCACUUCCAUCACCGUCACUAACAGAGGAGACUGCUGUCAUGAAAGGCUCAACGGGCUGGAGAUCCACAUUGGCAACUCUUUGGUCAAUGACGGUUUAGAUAACCCAAUGGUUGGUAGAAUUUCUCGAAUUCGUUUGGGCAAAUCCUUCGAUCUGACUUUUACCAAUCGUGUGGAGGGACGGUAUGUAACUUUGACUGUGACCGGUUCACGAAGGAUCCUCACACUCUGCGAAGUGGAAGUCUAUGGAUACCCUAGUCCAACUGAGGAGAAUCUUGCACUCCAAGGAAAAGCCACACAAUCCUCACUGUAUGCAUUUGGCAACGCAUUUAAUGCCAUAGAUGGAAAUCGUAACAGCAAAUGGGAAGAUGCCUCCUGCACUCUCACACAGAAAUCAAUGAGCCCUUGGUGGCGACUUGAUCUGCUCAAAACACGUAAAGUGUUUUCUAUUAAUAUAGUAAAUCAAGAUUCUCUUCCAGAACGACUCAAUGGAGCCGAGAUCCGCAUUGGCGAUUCCCUUCGCAACAACGGGAACAACAACUCCAGGUGUGCUGUGAUCACAAGCAUCGCUGGAGAUGUUGUUGCUAAGUUCACAUGCAAUGGAACGGAAGGCCGCUAUGUUAAUAUUGUCAUUCCCGACAGAGAAGAGUUCCUGAGUCUGUGUGAGGUCGAAGUGUACGGCUCUAGGCUGGAUUAAGACAAGAGAAAAACAAACACAAAGCUUGCACACUGCAGACGUUUAAUUGGGUAUUUAUUGCAUCUUGCAUAGAUCAAAACAGUAGAUUAAUAAAUAGAACAUUGAUUAGUCACUUAUGGAUCAUACAUUAUAAAAGUUUGGAAACUUAGAAGAAAAAAUGUAUGCUAGAUUAGAACUGUUACAGUAAAAUAAUUACUUUGAUUCUAUGUAAAACAUGUUUGUUGUUUGUGCCUACUGACUGUUGAUUCAAGUAAAACAAUGUGAUAUUCUAGUACGUGACAUUAGUGUGUAAUUACAGUACUCUUGAUUUUUCGACUUCUCAGUUCUCACUGCUGUUGCUUUUUGUUGGAUUUUUUGUUUGUUUCAUCAUAAGCAUUUCAUAUGCUGUAACAAUCUCUGCUCCAAGAAAAGUCUGAAUUUAAUCACUGCA